AUGAAAAUUGCUAGAAAAGUCGAGGAAGAUUUCAUUGUUAAAGACAACAAUAACAAAGAUGAUGCUCAGCCUAAAGUUAACCGUCAUCUCGAAGAUUUCUUGUUUAAUCAACAUGACGGAGAGUUCUGGAUCAAGGUAAUUUUUUAGGUGAAUAAGAGGAUGAUCACAUAUCGAUACCAACAUUUCAAAAAAUAAAAAAAAAUAACCUUAACCUUACAGAUGGCCAUCCGGAUAUAAUUAUCGUUCACUUCAAUUAUCCUUUUCAUCCUCCCUUCGGAUGAAAAACUAUUGCGGAAAUGUUUUCUCAGCUGUAGAGCGACAGUUUUUAAUCCUAGUGACAAACUUUGAAUGAAUGUACGGUUACUUUACAAUGUCAUGAAGGAAAGAACUAGCAAUGUAUUACUUUUCAUAGUGAACAUGUCGGUGGAUCAGAGAACUGAGCCUUAUAACCAAUUAAUUCUAUCAACUCCGAUUGGUAGGUUAGUCAGAAGCAGUGUAAAGGACUGUUGUGGAACAGAGCUAUGGACGAAGUCCAAGUUGAACAACUGAUUCAGAAUUACAAGGUUAACGGAGAAAUUUUUGGUGAGGACCCAGCCCUGGUGAUGUUGAAAAUUUGGCCAACAUCCAAACAGUACAAAGAUAAUCCCGAUAAACUACCAAGCCUUGAAAAACUGGUAUGUUAAUUUAUUGUAAUGAUUAAAACGACUUGCGUUGUUUGUUUCACUAUUACAGUGUGCUAGAGAAAUGCUUGAGAAAUGUAUUGCGAGGUUCACCAGUUGGUAUAUCCAGAGUCGUAAAUUUAGGAUCGAUACUUUGUGAUGCUAUAAGAAAUUCGUUAAAUAGGACUGUUUUACAGUAAAUUUUACACGUGCAUAUUUAUGGUCAUUUAUGUCCGUGGUGUCUCAGCUUGAGGUAGAAAUACCUAUUUAUCAACUCCAUGGGAGGGAAAGUGGACUUCUGCUCUCAGAUUACCAAGGAAAUCAUUGUUAUUCAUAAAUAAAGAUAGUACCGAUUGAACUUGUUAUUGUUUUAUUAAUUUUUAUGUUUAGUAAUACUUUUUUGUAAGUACAACACAUUGAUGAACUAUUCAAUGGAUCCUUACUAAUUUGAAACCAAGAUCUAGAAAAAUGUGCAUGUCACAUUGCAGAUAAACAGGUUCCUAAACAUUUUGUUAGAGAGUGAACUGAACUUGGCUAAUAGAUAUGACACAUUCAGAGAUGUGAACGACAAGGCGAAGAAGACUUUGCUACAUUAUGCUGCAGAACUUGGAUUUUUACAAGUCACCAAAACACUUGUGAAGAGAUGUCCAUCAUUGCUAUCCAUGAAAACAAAACGACCUAGGUCAACAAGAGCCAUGUUUCCAGUUGAAAUGGCUUUAUUGGCUGAGAAAGAUGAGGUGGCAGCAUUUCUCGUUAGAAUGAUGUGGCAUGAAAGGUAUAGAUAAAAUGUAUUACAUGGAUUCAUCAAAUGAUAGAGGGCUUGAUUUGAAGAAUUUUUUAUCAAUGAUACUUUUUAACUAUAGUCUGAUCUAAGAUGUUGGCCUGUAUAUUUUUAUAGAGGUUGUGACUCUAAAUGUAAUCUGAGUGAAUAAUUUGGUUCGAAUUGUAUUGAUUGUGAUAACAGAUUUGUCUAGUAGCAACUCAUGAAAGUUAUAUUUUUCUUUGGAUUUAUGUCUAUAAGUAGUUAAUACAUCUUCAACAAUUGGAGAGACUCCCUUUCUUCUCUUAUUGGCCUCCAGCCAAAGUAGCUUUAUAAAAAGACACUUGAAAAGGCCUGUGAAGGCAAAAAAAUACCUCAAAUGAGUUGAUCAACUUUCAUUUAACUUUAUUGAGAUAUUCAUACCAAGAUGUAAUUUAGAUCUGCAAUUUUCAGACCAUUACUCAUAACCUUCAUAGAUUCUGUUAAUCUCAUUUCAACAAUUAUUAACCAUGAACAUGUAGUGUGGUCUUCUUGUGAUCAGAUCAAAAAAAUCUGCAGGAAAUAAUUAUGUUGCAUGAGAAAAUCUGUUUAAACUUUAAUUCCAGAGUCCAAAGUUUGUUUUCAUGGAGACCAGGUGAUAUGACAGAACCUCAACCAUCUUUCUUCAGUUUUAAGUUUAUCAUUGAAAAUCCUAAAAUGAAGGUGAGAAAUUUAUAUUUUUUGCAUUAAUAGGAAACAUAGGUUAGAAUAAUUCCCUGUUGAAAAGGUGGUGCUAUAUCUGUGAUAGAAAAGAUUUAUGGUCGGUAUGUUACAGGUAAACAUUCAAAAUCACUCAUUUGUCAAAUGUGUGAUUUCAAAAACUUGCCUACUUGCCAACAUCUGGCCAUCAUUUGCAGGGCUGCUAAUGUAAGGAGGACUUUGUGGCAAGUUACAAAAACUUUUCCUUUAGAGACUAAUGAAAAUUGCUAAGGCUUUCAGCUAGAUGGCUGAUAAAGGAAGUGGGAGAGAGAGAGACUUAUUGGAGAUUUAUUAGAGAAAAUUCCAAUAGAGAAGGGGGUGGAUGUAUAACAAUUUUUGAAUUCAUUGUUCUAUAUACAUGCAAUGUUUAAAUUUUAGGAUUAUCUUGUAUUCUUUGUUUCUGUGUGGUAUAUAUCUUCUGAGCAGAAAACGACCUUGGCUCUGCUAGAUCAGAUGGUGAAUCCUCAUUGGCCACAUCUUCCAAAACGUAAGGAAAGUUACAAAAAUGAACUCGAGAAAGAAGGAAUUGAAGGAGCUUGGAGGACAAUCACAGAUGAUCCUGUAGAUUAUCACUUUUAUUAUCAUAUCUUGGAUGGUGAUGAGGGAGGACGGUCCCCAAAGCUUACAACCCUUGAUGGAGAAAAGCAAACAAACAACAAACAUUUCAACUGGAGAGACAGGUCUUGUUUACAUUUGAUUGCAAAGAGCAAAAACAAGGUAAAGUUACAAACUUGCAAAUCUACUCUCUUGCCUACUCUUGGUAUUAGAUUAUGAGAAAUGGUGACAGCAUUGACAGCAACCAUGUUAAAUUUUCAUUUUGAUCUGUAAUGUAUUGGAACUAUUACAAAAAUAUGAGCAUGGCAUAAUCAAAAAUAAAAUAUGAAUAUCAAAAAUUGUCUUUUUGCUGUACUUGUAUCAUAUUUUACAUUUGUUCUUUAAAAAACACUGCCUGAUUUUCAUUUUUAGGAGGCCUUACAACAUCCUGUGGUUAGAAUGUUGGUGAAAACAAAAUGGAAAAGUUAUGGACACUUUUUUCUGAGGUAUACUUUGUACAUGUUUGUAUAGAGAGAUGAACACUUAGAAAUUAAACUAAACAAAGGGGAAACAUUGAGGGAGAUGCGUCCACUGAAACAGAAAAGUUAUAACAACAAUGAGCCAAGUCAAAUCAAAUAAUGGCAUAAUUUACUAUCACCACCUUUUCCCAAAUUUUUUCCACAGCCUUCAAGCAGCAUUGUAUGUGAUCUUCUUGCUGUGUUUGUCAUAUUCUCUGCUGAGGGCUUCCACAGCAGUGGAUCCCACUCAGUAUGGGGGUGAAGCUGAUUCACUGCGUGGUUUUUGUGAGAUUUUCACCCUACUUAUGGUGGUCUUUUACAUAUCUGAAGAAAUUAAUCAAAUGAGAUUGUAA